AACAAUCAUUAAUUGCUGUUAAUUGUGAUCAACAACAAGAUAAACAAUCAAUUUUAUCAUCAACAAACGCAACAACAACAACAACAGCAACAAUUAUAAAUGGAAAAAAUAAUAGUAAAAAACGUUCCAUUCAUCAGAUGACAACCGGUUUAAUUAAUCGUAAUGAUUUAGAAAUAUCGAAAAAAACACGUGAAUUACGUAGAAAAGAAAUACGAAAAGAAUUUGAAAAAUGGGAAAAUGUUACCGGUUCAAUACAUCAUAAAUCCGGUUGUAAUUGGUCAUUUGUAUUUGAUCCAUCCGGACGACUUUGUUAUUAUUGGUCAUUGAUUGUUAGCAUUGCAUUUCUUUAUAAUUUUUGGUCAAUUAUAUAUCGUUGUGCAUUUCAAGAGAUUAAUGAAAAAACUGUUGCAUCAUGGUUUGCAUUAGAUUAUUUUGCCGAUUUUAUCUAUAUAUUAGAUAUAUUGGUUAAUUUUCGUACCGGUUAUUUGGAAGAAGGUGUUUUACAAACUGAUAGUGUUAAAUUACGACAACAUUAUAUGAAUUGUACAAUAUUCUAUAUUGAUUGUCUUUGUUUAUUACCAUUGGAUUUUCUUUAUUUAUCAAUUGGUUUUAAAUCUAUUUUACGUUGUUUUCGUUUGGUAAAAAUUUAUCGUUUUUGGGCAUUUUUAGAUCGUACUGAACGGCAUACAAAUUAUCCAAAUAUAUUUCGCACAUUAUCAUUAUUACAUUAUAUAUUGGCCAUAUUUCAUUGGAAUGCAUGUUUAAGUCAUAUAAUACAUAUGAAAGAUGGUUUUGGUUCACGUGAUUGGUUUACAAGAUCAAAAAAUAAAGACUGUGAAGGCGUUACUUGUGAUUAUCUUCACGCCAUGUAUUGGUCAGUAUUGGCAUUGACCACAAUCGGUGAUCUACCAACACCACGAACUAAAAGUGAAUAUGUUUUCCUAAUUUCGCAAUUGGUUUUUGGUCUUUUUCUAUUUGCAACUGUACUUGGUCACGUAGCAAAUAUUGUAACAAAUGUUAGUGCUGCACGUAAAGAAUUUCAAGCAAAAUUGGAUGCUGUUAAAACAUAUAUGCGUAUGCGUAGAGUACCUGAUCAUAUACAAACAAAAGUGAUACGUUGGUUUGAUUAUCUGUGGAUGACACAAAAAUCAUCGGAUGAAGAACGUUCAGUUGGUUGUCUUCCGGAUAAAUUAAAAGCAGAAAUUGCUAUUCAUGUACAUUUGGAUACAUUAAAACGUGUGGAAAUUUUUCAAAAUACUGAAGCAGGAUUUCUUUGUGAACUGGUAUUACGUUUACGUCCAGUAUUAUUUAGUCCAGGUGAUUAUAUUUGUCGUAAAGGUGAAGUUGGUAAAGAAAUGUAUAUUGUUAAUCGUGGAAGAUUACAAGUUGUUACCGAUAAUGGAAAAACAGUAUUAGCAACAUUACGUGCCGGUAGUUAUUUUGGUGAAAUUAGUAUUUUGAAUAUGGGAACAGCUGGUAAUCGUCGUACAGCAUCAGUUCGUUCAGUUGGUUAUUCGGAUCUAUUUUGUUUGAAUAAACAGGAUAUGUGGGAUGUAUUAAAAGAUUAUCCAGCUGCUCGUGUACGAUUGGAAGCAAUCGCUGUAAAACGAUUGGAAAAAUAUCGUAAAGAACCAUUGAAAAAAAGUAUUUUUUUAUUCAUUUUAUUUCGAUAAUGAAAAUUAAUUGAUUCUUACUUUUACACUUAUUACCAAAUAGUUGCAAUGGGAAGAAGUAAAAGUACACCUGGUCUAGUUGAAUCGAAAGGAAAAAUACCUGUUAAUAAUUUAAAUAUUUUACAAGCAAUGAAAGAAAAUCAAUCAGCUUCAACAGCAACAUUAAUAAAAGCUGAUGUUGAAGAUGAUGAAAAUGAAAAUGAUGAUUUGAAUAUAAAUGGUGAAAAAAUUAUUAAUGGAAAACAACAACAAGAUGAUGGUAAUUUAGAUGAAACAAUUGAAUCAACAAGCAGUAUGGAUACAAUGAAAGCAUCAUCAAAAGAUAGUCAUCAAAAUCAUCAGGGUCAAUCAUUAAUAGCACAACAAAAUUGUUGUGAUCAAAUUUUACAAAAUAAAACAAUAGCACAUCAACAACAACAACAACAAACAUCUACAGCAUUUUUAUCGCCAUCAAUAUUAGCCACAACAAAUAAUUAUCAUCAACAACAACAACAAACGCCACAAACAUUAAUAUAUUCACAUUUAUUAAGUCCGAAUGUAGCAUUAGUUAAUUUUGAUCAAAGAUCACAACAACAUACACCAUCACCGUCUACAAUGCAACAAACAACGAAUAAUAAUAAUAAUUUUUAUCCAUCAUCUCCACAAAUGCCUCAUCAUAUAUCACCAUCAUCAUUACAUCAGCAACAAUUUCUUCAAGCUCAGCAUCCACAUCAUCCACAUCAUCAUCAUCAUUUUAAUACAUCACCAUCACCAUAUUGUACAAUAAGUCCGGCUGCAUCGACAAAUCAGCUUCCAAUAUUUUCCAAUAAUUUGGCUGGACAAAUCGUAACUCAACAACAACAACAACAACAACCUCCAUCAUCAUCAUCAAAUAAUAAUAAUAAUAAUUUAUGUGGAUCAGAUGAUAAUAGUUCUUAUAAUAAUAUACAGAUAGAAUUUCCAACACAGGAUGCAUUAUUAUCGGAAAUUAAACGAUUACGUGAACGUUUAUUAACAAUGGAAACAGAAAAUGCAUCAAUGUCAAUGAAAUUAAAUCAACAACAAUGGCAAGUUGAAAACAGAUUGGCCGAAAUUGAACAUCAAAUUAGUUCGGCAGCAAGUGCAAAUUCUUGUUCAGCAGCUCAAUUAGGUUUUAUUAGUUCAAAUAGUUCGAUGGCAAGUGUUGAAGAUAAUGAACGUAAUAAAGAAUCGAUUAUUUGAUUUUUGUAUCAACAACAACAACAAUCAAUCAAUAAAUAAUAAAUAAAAGGCCGCCUAAUUACAUCAAAUUAAUGGAUAACUACCACUACGACCACCAUCAAUCAUCAAAACGAUACAUUCCUUCUUUAAUUUUCUUGUUGUUGAUCUGGAUUAUUUAUUUUCUGAUCAUAUUCACUCUCUAUCGAUGUU